GUUGCAGAGGGACUGAGAGUCAUAUUGGAUGUUCUCAGUCCAACAUAGAGGCUUCCCGCACUCUCCAUCGAGGAAACCAAGACACCUGGAACUGCAGGCGCUGGACUUAGUCUUUCCAAAGCCCCUCUCUUAGCUUUCGUCUGUAAUGUCUAACGGACCCCUCCCCCGUCUGAGAUUAGUUGGAAGUGGCCAGGACAUUGAACACUGAACACUUGCAGCCAAAUAACAUGCAUUGCCCGGAAUGGCAGCGAGCGCAGUGGACACACGCGGUACUGCAGGGGGUCAGCAGCUUUACGUUAGUGACAACAUUUUGAACUCGGAAGUGCUGCAGUUAAAAUGGCUGCGAAAGACCAGGUCGAGAGUUGGACCGCGGAGGUAGUUUGUCCCAUCUGCAAAGAUUUCUUCACCAAUCCGGUGGCGCUGAAGUGCGGACACAACUUCUGCAGCUCCUGCAUCACACAGAGUUGGGACAGGGAGGGGAGAAACUCCUGCCCGGAAUGUAGAGAGGAAUCUACAGACCGCACCCUCAGGGUGAAUCGGGCCUUGGUUAGACUGUCUGAGAAAGCUCGAACACUGAGCCUGAAUCUCAAAGCGAAGAAAAGUAAACUUCAGUGCGAGGAACAUCAGGAAGAACUGAAGCUGUUUUGUAAAACUGACAAGAAACUGAUCUGUUUGAUUUGUGCAACUGCGCGGGAACACAAGUCUCACAGCUUAACGCUGAUAGAAGAAGCAAUUGAAUUCUACAAGGAACAGGUGAAAUCUUCCUUCGAAUCUCUCACAGAAAAGGAAUCGGAGAUCCAGAAAAUGGAGCAGAAACAGAAAGAGAGCAUUUCUGGAGUUCAGGAAGAGUCACACAACCUUCAGUCACUGCUCACAUCCCAGUUUGCAGAGCUGCACCAGAUUCUCACUGUGAAAGAGCAGCGCUUACUCGGAGGUGUCCGGGAAGAAGAGGAGAAGAUUAUAAAAACUAUGGAGAAAAAUCUUCAAGAGAUACAAGAGAAUUUAAAUUCCAUUCAGAUGGAACUCUCAAAGUUACGGGAACAGGCAAACCACAAGGACGGUGUAAUAUUUCUGAAGGAGGAAGCUGGUCGUAACAGCAGGGUUAUUGAUGAAACCAAAACAAUGUUGGCGGUAUAUGUAGCGUUGCCCAUUGAAAACUAUGAUCGCACCUUUUUCUACAACAUGGCAUUGAGAGAAACAUCUGAUAUCAUCAAACGAGUCUCCGUCACCCUGGAUGUGGAAACAGCGGGUCCGCUGCUCGAGGUGUCUGAGGAUCGGAAGAGGGUGAGAUGUACCCGGACCGAGACCCGGAGGAGUCUUCCUGACACCGGGAAGAGGUUUACAGACAGUACGUGUGUGCUAGGAUCGGAGGGAUUCACAUCAGGGAGACAUUACUGGGAGGUGGAGGUGGCGGGGAGUGAGUGGUGGAGUCUGGGAGUCGCCGCAGAGUCUGUGGAGAGGAAGAGACGGGUCACACUGACCCCGGAGACUGGUGUCUGGAGCAUCGGGCGGUUGGAUGACGAGUUUGAUGCAGUCACCUCCCCUCCAUCCCGUCUCCCCGCCCGUCCCAUCCCUGGGAGGGUGGGAAUUUAUCUCAGUUACGAGUCCGGUACAGUUUCAUUUUACGACGCGGACACCAAGUCCCAUCUCCACACCUUCACUGAGAAUAAAUUCACGGAGAAGCUUUAUCCUUUCUUAUGGCCUUGUGAUGGAAACUGGCUGAGAAUGUGCUCCGGUUCCGCUCCGGGUGUGUCUGUUGACCCUCGCUCAUUCACCUACCCCAACAGUCGACCAUCGCUCCUGGGCGGCCCGAGACCACACUGUGGACGCUCGCGCUCCCGGCCCGUCCAACUGUCAACGCUCGCGCUCCCGGGCGGCCCGACCAACUGUGGACGCGCGCACUCCCGCCCAGACCACACUGUGGACGCGCGCGCUCCCGGGCCCAGACCAACUGUCAACGCUCGCUCCCCCCGCGCCCGAUCAACUGUCAACGCUCGCGCUCCCGGGCCCAGACCAACUGUCAACGCUCGCUCCCCCCGCGCCAGACCAACUGUCAACGCUCGCGCUCGCGCCCAGACCAACUGUCAACGCUCGCGCUCCCGCCCAGACCAACUGACAGCGCUCGCUCCCGCGCCCAGACCAACUGUCAACGCUCGCGCUCGCGCCCAGACCAACUGUCAACGCUCGCUCCCCCCGCGCCCAGACCAACUGUCAACGCUCGCGCUCCCGCCCAGACCAACUGUCAACGCUCCCGCGCCCAGACCAACUGACAGCGCUCGCUCCCGCGCAAUGGCGGCCGUUGCUUCCCGCGCUGAGAGCGGCCGCUUCUUUUCAAAGCCUAAAUGCCGAUGUUGUGAAGCAGCAUCUGCAGUUCCAUGUUUCUGCAUCUUCACACUGAACACUUGCAGCCGGAUUACAUUCAUUCCCCGAGACGGCUGCGUGCGCAGUGGACACACGCGGUACUGCAGGAGGGGUCAGCAGUUCAGGGAAAGGGAAUCCUCUUUUGAACCAGGAAGAGGAGGAGUUAAAAUGGCAUCGAACGACCAGGUCGAGAGUUGGACCGCGGAGAUAAUUUGUCCCAUCUGCCUGGAUUUCUUCACCGAUCCGGUGUCACUGGAUUGUGGGCACAACUUCUGCCGCUCCUGCAUCACACAGAGUUGGGACAGGGAGGGGAGAAACUCCUGUCCGGAAUGUAGAGAGGAAUUUACAGACCGCACCCUCAGGGUGAAUCGGGCCUUGGCGAGACUGUCUGAGAAAGCUCGAACACUGAGCCUGAUUCGGACAGAGAAGGCAAGAAAACUUCAAUGCGAGGAACAUCAGGAAGAACUGAAGCUGUUUUGUGAAACUGACAAGAAGCUGAUCUGUGUGAUUUGUGCAGCCGGACAGGAACACAAAGCUCACAACUUCACGCUGAUAGCAGAAGCUGCAGAAUUCUACAAGGAUCAGGUGAAAUCUUCCUUCGAAUCUCUCACAACAAAUGAAUCAGACAUCCAGCAAAUGGAGCAGCAACAGAAACUGAAUAUUUCUGGAGUUCUGGAACAGUCACACAACCUUCAGUCCAAGAUCACAUCCCAGUUUGCUCAACUGCACCAGAUUCUCACUGAGAAAGAACAGCGCGUACUGGCAGAUAUCCGAGAGGAAGAGAAGAAGAUUCUAAAUUCAAUGGGGAAAAAUCUUGGAGAGAUUCAAGAGAAUUUAAAAUCUAUUCAGGAGGAUCUCUUUAAGUUGCAGCAACACAUGGGUCAAAAAGACAGUGCGGUGUUUCUGAAGGAGGAAGCUGGUUGUAAGCGAAGGGUUCGUGAUGAUGCCAAACCACUGUCGGUGGUAGAUGAUGCCUUGCAGAUUGAAAAGUUUAAUUGCCCUGUUUUGUUCAACACGACAUUCAAAGAAAUAUCUGAUGACUUCAAGCGAGUCUCCGUCACCCUGGAUAUGGAAGCAGCGCAUCCGCGGCUCGAGGUGUCUGAGGAUCGGAAGAAGGUGAGAUGGGCCGAGACCCGAAGGAGUCUCCCUGACACCGGGAAGAGGUUUACAGUCGCGGUGUGUGUGCUGGGAUCGGAGGGAUUCACAUCGGGGAGACAUUACUGGGAGGUGGAGGUGGCGGGGAGUCGGGGCUGGAGUUUGGGAGUCGCCGCAGAGUCUGUGGAGAGGAAGAGAGGGGUCACACUGACCCCCGAGACUGGUGUCUGGAGGAUCUGGCGGCGGCAAGGCGAGUUUGAUGCACUCACCUCCCCAACAUCCCGUCUCCCCGCCCGUCCCAUCCCCGGGAGGGUGGGAGUUUAUCUCAGUUACGAGUCCGGGACAGUUUCAUUUUACGACGCGGACACCAAGUCCCAUGUCCACACCUUCACAGGGAAUAAAUUCACGGAGAAACUUUAUCCGUUCUUUGGGACUUGGGAUGGAAAUUGGCUGAGAAUCUGCUCCGGUUCCGAUCCGGGUGUGUAAAAUGGUCGGGUCCCAGGACCGGCGUCAGGAGCGGGGCACAGUGCCUGUGGGGCAGAAACCCGGUGGACAACAGGUCGGCGCUGAACGGCUCCCAUUUAAUCCCCAAAUUCCGCGUCGUAAAAUCCCAGUGAGCGUGGAAAUAAAACCAGGAGGAAUGUAAAUGUGGGAAGAGUGAAAUAAACAGCAACUGAAAUCAGA